CAGAGGGUGAAGCAGGCUCCAUGCACCGGGAGCCCGACGUGGGACUCGAUCCCGGGUCUCCGGGAUCGCGCCCUGGGCCAAAGGCAGGCGCCAAACCGCUGCGCCACCCAGGGAUCCCUAAGCUGGCCAAUUUUAUAGGAAAUUAAGGAUUUCAUGGCAUUGCUUUGACAAGCACUUCCUGUUGUUUUUAUACAGAUCUCAAUGAAGAAUAAUCUCAAAGGAACAUUUGUCACCCCAUACCUCUGCUAAUGGCCAUUAGCUGCUAGCAAAUGCUUUUAAUGACUGAAAAAAACAUCAACUAUCCUUGUGCUUGGCCUAUUGAAGGCAGUCGAAUGAAGGUUUCUUUCAGUUGUUUCCAGAACUCUAUUGCUGAAGCACAUCUCCUUUUGUUGGGUGAAUGAAUGUUCAAUGAAGCCCUUUCCUGAACCAGCUUAGGAGCUUUAGGCCUCUUAGAGCCUGUGACAUGGAAGCUUUGGAAGUGGAUGAUAUCAGCCCGGCCUUGGAAGUUACUGAGGACUUCUUUAGUACUUUUGACAGUAAGCUAGAGAAGGCUGUGCAGCAAGCUGAGGUUUAUGGGAUUCAGGAAGUCCCCGAAUUGGUGGGGCAUGAAGUUCUCACUAACAUAACAGAUAAUGGUGCUAUCAGAAAUGUUGCCUCCCUGGGCAAGGGGGGCCUGAUUUGGGACCACUGUAAGAGCAGGCUCUUGGAAACCAAAGCUCAAAAUGUCUUCCCUGCCAAAGAACAGUUUAUGGUCCAGAAAGGGACAGCUCCAGAUAAUCUUUCAUGGAUGGAACAAAAGGAAGCAUCGACCUUUAACUUUUUCAACAUCUGUCAGCGUCGGAGGGACAGGCCUCGCUCCGUGAAUGACUUACUGGAUGAGACCUCUACUUUUAAGCCGGGGCAUACUCGGUCAAGGUCAGAUAUUACCCAGGUGGACUGGAGGAUAGUCCUCCAAACCAUGCCUCUGCAGCAGCAGCCAUGUCUUCGAGGCCGUCAUUUCACCAGACCAGCUUUUCUGUCAUCCUCACCAAAUAAGGUCGAAGAUGCUCAAGGAAAUACUGAACACAAGCAGGCAUUCCCAAACAUUCUGAAGAAGGGGUACCUGGAGAUUAGGAAGGACCAUGACAGUUACUGGCAAAGCUGUUACGCAGAACUUUCACCCUACAACUUAUACUUCUACAGCCUUGACAGCAGUGGCAAUCAAGCCCUCUAUGCCACCUACCAGCUUUCACACUUCCAGAGCAUAUCUGUUUUGGGCAACCUGGAGGCCAGGCUGGUGGAUACCGUUCUGUAUGACAACACCCAGCUGCAGUUAAAGGCAGAGUCACCAUGGGAGGCUUUGGACUGGGGGCAGAAGCUUUGGGAAGUUGUGCACGCCGCUAUGCCUGGUUACGUGGGACGGCAGGACGAGUUGGCAAACUCACCAGGGCUUGGUCAUCACGUUGACUGUACACAGAAUCAUUGUUUACAGAAGAAAUCCAGUGAGCUGUUCCCGCCAUCACCUGUCUUGGAUAGCCUCAAACAAUACCAAAACAUCAUCAAAUCAGGGAUGCUGUACAGGCUAACUGUCCAAAACAACUGGAAGGCAUUUACUUUUGUGCUGAGCAGGGCCUACCUUAUGGCUUUUCAACCUGGCAAGCUAGACGAGGAUCCCCUGCUAAGCUACAAUGUGGACGUGUGUUUGGCUGUCCAAAUGGACAACCUGGACGACUGUGACUCUUGCUUUCAAGUCAUUUUCCCCCAAGAUGUCCUCCGCCUUCGUGCUGAGACCCGGCAGAGGGCCGAGGAGUGGAUGGAGGCUCUGAGAACAGCAGCCAACGCAGCGAGAAGUUCAGAGCAAAACCUGCAGGUCACCCUGAGGAGCAAACCCAAGGAUCAGAUGGGUGGGCACGAACUCAGGAAGAACAAACGUCAGUCUGUGACCACCAGCUUCCUCAGCAUUCUGACAACUUUGUCUUUGGAACGAGGACUCACUGCUCAGAGUUUCAAAUGUGCAGGAUGUCAACGAUCCAUAGGCCUUUCCAAUGGGAAAGCCAAGGUGUGCAAUUACAGUGGGUGGUAUUACUGCAGCAACUGCCAUGUGGACGACAGUUUUCUCAUCCCAGCACGCAUAGUUCACAACUGGGAUACUUCAAAAUAUAAGGUAUCUAAGCAGGCCAAAGAGUUCCUGGAGUACGUGUAUGAAGAGCCCCUGAUCGACAUCCAGCGGGAGAACCCCAUGCUGUACCUGCACGCUGAGCCGCUGGCCACUGUGGUGCGGCUGCGGCAGCGGCUGAAGUCCCUGCGAGCCUACCUGUUCAGCUGCCGGGCCGCUGUGGCCGAGGAUCUGCGCCGCAGAAUUUUCCCCAGAGAAUACCUCCUUCAACAGAUCCACCUGUAUUCCCUCGCUGAUCUGCAGCAGGUAAUAGAGGGGAAGCUGGCUCCAUUCUUGGGCAAGGUCAUUAAAUUUGCCACCUCACACGUGUACAGCUGCAGUCUCUGUAGCCAGAAGGGGUUCAUCUGUGAAAUCUGUAACAAUGGAGAGAUCCUCUACCCUUUUGAGGAUAUUUCAACAAGCAGGUGUGAAAGCUGUGGAGCCGUUUUCCACGCCGAAUGCAAAGAGAAGUCCGUCCCCUGCCCAAGAUGUGUCCGCCGAGAGCUGCAGAAGAAGCAGAAAUCUUUCUGGCGGAGGCUGAAUGUGGACGAGAGCCUGGAGGAGGCUUGCAACAUGUUCGAGCUGUCCUACCAGAACACCUGACUCAGCAGGAGCCCGAGGCCAGGGCCUGACCUCUCGCUGAUCCAGCAGCCCGGUGGCUUCUUUGCUAGCCAGUUAGAUCCCUCUGGAAGAAGAGUAUGUCUCCUGUUCAGCUAGAUAGAGAUAUAUAUUUACACACAUUCCCACAUACCUGUUCGUCCCGUAUGUAUGUUCUGUGUAAAUCGCUGUCCGUGGAGCCUCUGUGGCUCAAAAAAAAAAAAACAAAACAAAACAACUACCAUUAGCUGAAUCACACUUAGCCCUGAAUUUCAGCAGCUUGCUCCCAAGCAAAAUGUGGUUUACACACAAGGCUUUAUAGGUCAGACUUUUUUUUUUUUUUUUUUCCUCUCAGGGGCUGUUUUGUUACACAGGACACAGGAGGAAGCUUACCUACGGGACCACAGAACUUUGGGUUAUUUUUGUGUUAUUUAUUUUUAGCCAUUGCAGAGGACGAAGUCACUGAGGCAAGCUCAUCACAAACUCAUCAUCGUUUGUUUCAUGUGAAAAUUUUCGGAACACAGGAGUGAUGCCUGGAUGGCCCAAGGGGCCCCACGUCCCUGACGGCAGCACCUCGGUUUCUACCACACAGGUGGGGAUCCCCUCAACCGAGCCGAGUGGCUCAGAAGUGAGGCGACUGAGCUCCCUCUGCAGAGCAUGCACCCCUAAUUUAUGAGGAGAGCUCCUUCUGGCUCUGAGGUUGAUCUCAGGUUUUUUCCUGAGGGGAAAAAAAAGGGACCUCUGUGACCAAUACCUGCAUGUUGCCAGUCUGUUUGCUGGUACGAGUCCCAGCGCUACCCAAUGACACGGCGCCCCUCCAUAUUUGGUUGAAAACACAGCUUUCGAAGAGUUUUCCCGGGGUCUCAUGGGUAAUAGUUAUGAUUUUGUAAUAGUGCUGGCCUGAGGAAAUUUCCUGCGAUUGUGGUUAAAUACAUCGGUUUGUAGACCUA